AUGAACUCUCCGUGGGCCAUUUGUUUCAACCCGCCCCCUGUUGAUAAUCCCGGCCUUUUUGAUGUAUUGUCCAUUGAGCUAAGCUGGCUCAUUUUCGAAAAUCUCCUUUUCUCCCGUUCUGAGCUGUCUCACGAUGAAGUCCAUGGAUUCUUGUCUGUGGCUCAAGUGUCACUCCUCACAAAUAAUAUGGUAAAUGGAUACUUGAGUCAGAAACAUGUUCAAAACCAACUGAUCGAACGGGUUCAAGCAGCUGGCCCAUUACCAUACAAGCAUUAUGGUCGUGAAACGUCUAUGUUGGUUUGGAACAGCCAAGUCGAAGACCCUGGAAACCAGCCCAUGGAAGGUUUCCAGGACUUGUUUUCCGAACUAAUUCGCGAAGAUUGCCCAUCAUGCUUUGCUUGGGCUUGUGGUAUCGCUGGAAUUGACGGAUCUUACUGCAACAAAGACUGCUAUUCCUUUUUAUCACUUGCUGUAGCAAGCAAGGCUGUUGGUGUCCUUAAGUAUAUCCUAGGGGAGUCGAGCCCCGCAGAUGCUUUGCUUUUCGCCAGAGCCCGCUUCAAUAUCCGACACCCCUUCAACAUGAGCACUCACCCAACACCCCUAAGUCUUGUGUCGACCCAUAAAGAUCGGGAAUUUUUACAGAUCAUCCUGGACCUAAUAAGCAACCGAAUCCAAGACCUCAAUGUAAGUGCCGUUGAUCGCCCAUGCUGUGCCCUCACAGCGAUUGAAAAAAUCCAGUUCUGUGAAUUCGCCUCCCCAGAUCAAGCACGAGCGCUCGGUAAGUUAGGUUUCCAGAUCGGUUCAAUACGUGACCGCCAUUACGGCACUGGCCAGACUACGUGGCACGCCGCUGUGGCUAACACAACUGACUUCUUGGAUUAUUUGCUCCAGGAAUCCCCUCUGUCGUCUAACCUUCUUGACCACGCGGGCGAAAUGCCUCUCCAACUGGCAGUUCGGGAAGGCCGUCUGGGUUCUUUCCAAUGGCUUAGGGACCAUUCUUCCCCCGAUUGGAUGAAUGAUAGCCGUGUGCGUAUGGCUCUUCUGCAAGAUGCAGUGAAAAGCUGUGCAAAAAGAAGCCCCGAUCUUGUCAACGAGCUUCUCCAAGAUGAAGCCGAUCAUUGUUUUAGUUCUAGAGAAAGCUGCGAGCUGCUACGCCAAGUUACAUCGACUGCGGUGAUUCAAGCUACAGCUCUCCUUUCUGGCGAACAAUCGUGGAUCUCGUCAAUCAUAAACGGCUCAUUGACAUCCCAAGACGUGGAGGAAAUGGCAGUCGCAAAGGCCAAUCUCAUUUUGGCGAAGACCAAGGAGAUUUCCGACUGGGGCAUCUUGAGGGCCAUAAGGGGUAUAGCCCGCCAAUGGGGCUUUGAAAGACUAGCUGCUGUUCUGGAUCUGGAAUGA